AUGUCGAGGUCGUCGCACCGCACGUACCCAAUAUCACCGUCUGUCGACCACAGCUAUGCUGUCUCGCCCACCGCGAGCACGUUCUACACGUCCAGGUCCACCUACCCCAACUUCCUCUCGCUGCAGGACACCGUCCGCGUGCAGCUCUCGUGCGCAUGGCGGGGGCUCGUCGAUGCCUCCCGCUGGGACACCGUCAUUCGGCUCAUCGCGAGCGACUCCGAGAUCCGGGGGAACGUGCUCAAGUCCCUGCUCCUGAACACGCUCUCGCUCGCGUCGAUAUACCUGUUCGACCUCCUCCUGUUUCCGCUCGCUCAGGGCGAGCACUAUUGGCUGCACCGCAACGUCGGCUGGGCGUACCAGGUGCUCUGGCUCCUCCCGGUCGUCGGCAUCUCCCUCUAUCUCAAUAGGAACUGGUGCGGCCUGAUCGCGAAGCGCACCUUCACAUUGCAGCACGGCCCCCGCGCAGGCGCCGCGCCGCCCUCGACGUACACGGGCGUCCUCAACUCCGUCGCGACCUCCGCGUACGGCGGGAUCAUGGUCGCGACGUCGCUCGUGCUCUCCCUCGCGCUCGCGCGCGUGCCUGUGGUCGGCCCGUUUGCGGGCUUCGCGUUUUUCUGCUGGGUCGACGCAUAUUAUUGCUUUGAGCAUGUGUGGAUUACAAGGGGACUCUCGCUGUCGAGAAGGGUGAGACACCUAGAGGAGCGUUGGGCAUACUAUUGGGCCUUUGGCCUCCCCUCAACGGCCCUAUGCAUGUGGGGCAGCAGCCUCGCGAACGCGGCGCUGUUCGCGCUUGUCUUCCCUGCAUACAUCAUCAUGGCUAUGCAUGCCCGCCCUGCGCCGCUGGAUCCCUUCAAUCCAGCCGUCUCCGUUCCCUCUGGCGCGUCGUCUAGCAGUACACUCGAGGACAUCCGACAUCCCCACCCAUUCGUGCCCAUCCGACUGCCCAUAUUUGCUCUCGUCUUAUGGCUGAACGACUGGGUUGUCCGGCUACUUAGCCUAGGCGGCGGCCGCGGGGCAAGCAAGCUGCCGGGGGUACCGAGCAGCGCAAGUCGGGGUCAUCGCAGAAUGUUCAGCGAGGCGGUGGAUAGCAUGGAGGAAGGCGACUUUGUAGAGCUGAGCCCGGUGACUGCGCCAAGCCCGCAGAUGCGCUUGCCGCCGAGUGGGUCUGCUGCGAGGAUGAGGAUGAGUGGGAGUGUGAGUAUGGGCAGCGUGGGCUCGUCUCCUCGACGGAAGCGAGACUGA